CGCAAGUUGGAUGCUUCUGGCAGCCAUACAAAUCUAGCACCACCCAGGGAGGGAGCGUGUUUGCCUCUCUGCUCAUUUCUGCCAGAGUAGAGGAAUGCUGGACACCCAGAGACAAGGGAGGCUGCUGCAAGUUCGCCACAGCCCAGUCCCACACCUCCGGCUUCCUCCUUUUGAGACACACAGAUGUCAGAAAUUGAGUUGGAAAAGAUAAAAGUAAGAAGCACCGAGCAUUUUGAAAAUGACAAAAAUAACAUUCCUUGGUUAAAAGAAGAUACGCAACUCACGAAUGAAAAGCAUGCAGACGAGAAACCUAUUAAUGCUAUCGUUAUAGAUUCAGCAUCCGAAUUCAAUAUCACAGAUGGACCAGCCCAGGAAACCCCCAAUGAGAAAAACCUGUCAGGAUCGAGCACUUCACUCUCUUCCCUCGAAGAAUGCCAAACGAAAUUUCCCUACCUCCAAACUAAUACUUCAGUUCAUCGGAGAGACACUGAUGAGGAGUGUGCCUCCUUAAUCCUUACCUGUCUCUUCUGCCAAUUCUUGGACUGCCUCUUCAUGCUCCCUGACACGUGUGAGACAGUGUGCAUCAACCUGUGCUGCCCCUCCCACAGGUACUACUCUGCCUCUGAUGAGAACCAUCCACACAAUGACUGCAACUUGACCUGUGACGUGGACUGUAGCCUCUUUGAAUCUUGCCAUGAGACCAGUGAGUGCCUGGAGCUGGCCAUGGAGAUAUCAGAAAUCUGUUACCGCUAGUGCAAGACGGGAUGAGCACUCGGGCGCUCCUUAGAGUGCAUCUGAGAUAAAAGCUCCCUGUGCCCAAAUGCA